UACAACUUCUUUUCUUAUAGUUGAUAAAGAAGAUGAGUAUUUAUCGUUGGCUCAUUAUAGUGGCAAUUGGAACACUCACCGCCAUGACAGGAUGUUUUAUAACAAUUUUAAUUGAUUUGUUAACUAGACUGAAAUUUUCUGUUUUGAAAUUUUAUGUUGAUAAAUGUACAGAUAAAGAUUGCAUGUUUAUACCAUAUAUAUUGUGGAUAAUAUUUAAUGUUGUUUCAGUUUUAAUUGGAUCAUUACUUGUUACUUACAUUGCCCCUGUUGCUGCUGGAAGUGGUAUUCCUGUCAUCAAAUGUUAUUUAAAUGGAGUAAAAAUUCCAGAAGUAGUUAGGAUAAAAACCUUAAUUGUAAAAGCUGUUGGUGUUAUUUUAUCAGUUGUUGGAGGUUUAGCAGUUGGAAAGGAAGGACCAAUGAUUCAUUGUGGUUCAGUUAUUGCUGCUGGAAUUUCCCAAGGAAAAAGCACUACCUUUCGAAAAGAUUUUAAGGUUUUUGAAAGAUUUAGAGAAGAUCAUGAGAAAAGAGAUUUUGUUUCUGCAGGGGCUGCAGCUGGAGUGGCUACAGCUUUUGGUGCUCCAAUAGGUGGAGUUCUUUUCAGUUUAGAAGAGGGUGCAAGUUUUUGGAAUCAGUAUCUUACUUGGCGUAUUUUUGUUUUCCUUUCUUCAGUUCAGCAUUUUGCUUUAGGGCCUCUUUUAGCAGCCCACAAUGGGGUGGCUGGAUGGGUUAGCUUCCAAAACUUAGUAAAUUUUUUACAGGAUAUUAAUUAUGAUGUUUUUGAAUUACCUAUUUAUAUGCUUAUGGGUGCUCUUGGUGGAUUAUUAGGUGCUCUCUACAAUCACAUUAAUUCAAAACUGGCUGUGUACAGAAUGAAAUAUUUGCAUCAUAAAUAUUCACGAGUAUUGGAAUCUGCUGUUGUGGCCAUAAUGUCAGCUACGGUUGGGUUUUUGAUGAUUUAUUUUUCAAAUGAUUGUCAAGAAUAUGGAGAAAAUAUUGAAAAUUAUACUAUUCAAUAUCAUUGUCCUGAUGGUGAGUUUAGUACUCUUGGAGCUCUUUGGUUUCAGACUCCAGAAGCAAGUGUACGAAGUAUGUUUCAUAAUUUACCAGGAACAUGGUCAAUAUCAUCAUUAGCAAUUUUUAUUGUGUUUUAUUAUAUGCUUGGAUGUUGGACAUAUGGACUUAGUAUUUCAAGUGGUUUAUUUAUUCCAACUUUACUGAUCGGAGCUACUUGGGGCCGUUUAAUUGCUAAAAUAAUAAUUGCCAUUUCUCCAAAUCAGCCUUGGAUUAAUUUUAGUAAAUUUGCACUGAUUGGUGCUGCUGCAAUGCUUGGUGGAGUUGUAAGAAUGACUAUUAGUUUGACAGCCAUUCUAAUUGAAUCAACUGGAAAUUUGACAUUAGGUCUUCCUUUAAUGCUUACAUUAAUGAUUGCAAAAUGGGUUGGAGAUUAUUUUAAUGAGGUAUUUUGGAUUAAUUUAUAUGAA